UAUAACUUGUAGAGUUAUAAAUUGGAAUCUUAUUGAGUUAAUAAGAAAAUCUAGUUGCAGCCCGUGGACGUAGGAUUUACACCGAAUCCGAACCACGUAAUAUUCUUGUGUUCUUCUUGCUUUAUUUUCUCGUUUCGCUUGUGAGUGUGUGAUAGUGUGUUUCCGCUGCGUGUACCCGGUCCGAUUCCUAACAGGAAGAUCAUCGAAUCUUGCGCCUUCUCACUCUGCAUUAACCUAGCAGCAAGUCAACAACCCCAUAAUAUAAUCAAUAACAAAUUGACAUGCAUCUGGACAUGGCGAUCAUUGAAUUUCUGGUCACUCCAUGAGUAUAAAACCCGAGCAACCCUGACUUUUUGGUACAACACCAUUCUAAUACCUAACUCUUAUCUACGAGACAACUAACUCUGUGAUGGCAUCUGCUAAUGCAAUUUCUACAGCUUCUAUCAUCUGCUCCCCUAAACAGAAGCUGCAGGGGAGAUUGGGAAAUGGUAAUGGAGGUGUUAGUCAACUCCGGACUGCUCAGAAGAUGAGGCAAUCGCAUCAUCGCCGGUUCGCGGUCCGCGCUGCUGGGGCUAGAGAGAUUAUCUUUCAAGAGGGUGCCAGGGCGGCUAUAGGGGCCGGUCUCAAUGCACUUGCCGAUGCUGUCAGUCUUAGUCUUGGCCCUAGAGGACGGGAUGUUGUGAUUGUGAAAGAUGGUGGCCCAAUGAUUGUUAAUGAUGGCGUUUCAAUUGGAAAAUCUAUUGAGCUAUCUGAUGCCAAUGAAAACAUUGGUGCUGGUUUUAUCAGAGAGGUUGCAAGCAAAACCAAGGAGUCAGCUGGUGAUGGGACAACAACCGCAUCGGUUAUUGCACGUGAAAUAAUCCAACUCGGUAUCGCAAGUGUCACCUCCGGUGCUAAUGCCGUCUCUGUAAAGAAAGGCAUUGACAAAACUGUAGCUGCUCUGGUUCAGGAGCUGGAAAAGAAAGCCACACCUGUUAAAGGUCAUGCUGAUAUUAAAGCGAUUGCCUCGAUGUCUGCUGGAAAUGAUGAUGCCAUUGGAACCUCGAUUGCUGAUGCCAUGGACAUGGUUGGACUAGAUGGUGAGUUGUCCAUCGAAGCAUCAUGA